AUGCUCGGACGCUACUUCCGCCUCUGCCUCGCCAAUGCCGCCACCACCAUCCGUGAUGCUCCGGCAAGGAUAUGCAGGUUUCCGGGCACCGUCCGCACCGCCGCGUGCGACGUCGUGACCGCCAUACGGAACGAUCCCACCGGCAGUGCUAAGAUAGGCGCGUACUAUGCCGCACACACCUUCAACGCCGUCUGCGCGGUACACCUCUUCUGCGAAUAUGUCGGUGGCCCUAAGCUCUCAACGGGCCCCUCGAUGCUGCCCACGCUCGCCAACGAAGGCGAGCUCGUGCUCGAGAACUGCCUCUCAUACCGGCUGAACCCCGCGUGCAUCAAGCGCGGCACGCUCGUCACCUUCACCUCCCCGCUCGACCCGACGCGCAUCGUGUGCAAGCGCGUGCUCGGCCUCCCCGGCGACAUAGUGUGCGUCGACCCGACGGGACUGAAGGCUCCCAGCACGGAACACGUCGUCGUACCACGCGGGCAUCUCUGGGUCAUCGGCGAUAAUGCGUCAUGGAGUCGCGACUCGCGGGACUACGGGCCUCUGACCAUGGCGCUCCUAAGGGGGACUGUAGUCGCAAAAGUGGGCAUUUCCUGCACAUUCAGGUGGAUUGACGUGAUGGGCUGA